AUGAAAUAAAUCACAAUUAUUUUUAUACUUUUAGCUAUUUUAACUACUAUACAAGCUGAUUCUGCUACUACAUGUGUGGAAAAUAAUACUAUGCCCUGUCAAAAAACUGAUCAAUAAUGCUUGGUUGAUUUUUCUAGUUAUAAUGCAUGUCUUGGAACAAAUAAUUGCGCUUAGAAAGUAAGUAAUAAUUCAGCUUAUGCUUAGUGCAUAUAAAAGUGUCCAACUUCAAACCAAAUAGUUUAGAAUUAUAUUAAUACAUUGCUUAAAUGUCUUUCAAGCUCAAGAAUUUAAACUUUUACUUUUGUUUUAAUAUUAGUUUAUUCAUUACUAUAUUGA